AUGGCUCCUAAACCCCAAGCCAAAAGCGAGUACAUCGAGACUGACACGGGUAACAAGAUCUCGCGUCGCUCCCAAAUUCACGGCACACAACACAUCAUCCUAGGUGGCAAGACAGUAAUCCAAGCCGAAGCUGUCAUCCGCGGCGACUUAUUCCGAACACCAACCACGACGGCAUCGACCGAUGGCUCAACCGCUCCACAAACCAACACUCCCAGCGUGGCCAUAACAGUCGGUCGCUACAGCUAUAUCUCCAAAGGAGCAAUCCUACACCCACCUAGUCGAUCACAUCGCGGUGUGCACUCGUUUUACCCGCUCAAGAUCGGUGACCAUGUCUUUGUCGGUGAGGGUGCUGUUGUGGAGGCUGCGUCGCUUGGGAACCAUGCCCAUGUGGGCGCAGGCGCUAUGGUUGGGAGUAUGGCUAUCAUAAAGGAUUACGCGGUUGUUUUGGAUAAGGCUGUUGUACCACCCGGUAUGAUAGUACCGAGUUACUGCGUUGUUGGUGGAAUACCGGCUCGAAUAGUUGGUGAAGUUGGCGAGGGAUAUGGUGUCGAGGGGGCCGAGGGAGGAAUGGCGAGAGAACGUUAUCGUGUUGUUGGACGAACGUGA